GGGUUUGGUGGCUGAAGCCCCCUUCCGAGACCAGCAUGUCUCUACAGAGGAUUGUGCGCGUGUCCCUGGAGCAUCCCACCAGUGCCGUGUGCGUGGCAGGCGUGGAGACCCUUGUGGACAUUUAUGGGUCGGUUCCUGAGGGCACAGACAUGUUCGAGGUCUACGGGACGCCUGGUGUGGACAUCUACGUGUCCCCCAGCAUUGAGGGGAGUCGAGAACGUGCAGAUACCAGACGAUGGUGCUUCAACAAGGGGCUGGAGAUCAUUGUGGUCAUGAACUCCCCCAGUAACGACCUCAACGACAGUCACGUUCAGAUCUCCUACCACUCCAGCCAGGAGCACCUGCCCCUGGCCUAUGCAGUGCUCUACCUCACCUGUGUGGACAUCACCCUGGAUUGUGAUGUGAACUGUGAGGGCCGACAGGAGAGGAGGUUCGUGAAUAAGAGGCAGUGGGUGUGGGGUCCUGCGGGGCAUGGAGCCAUCUUGUUGGUGAAUUGUGACCGGGAUGACGUGGGUUGUGAUGCCAAGGAUAACUGUGACCGGCACGUGCGUUGCCUGCAAGACCUGGAAGACAUGUCCAUCAUGGUCCUAAGGACCCAGGGCCCCGCAGCCCUCUUCGAUGACCACAAACUUGUCCUCCACACCUCCAGCCAUGAUGCCGAGCGGGCACGGGUCUUCCACGUCUGCGGUCCCGAGGACUCCUGUGAGGCCUAUAGGUGUGUGCUGGGCCAGGACAUGGUGUCCUAUGAAGUACCUCGCCUGAAUGGUGAUGAGGAGCGAUUCUUCGUGGAGGGUCUGUCCUUCCCUGAUACUGGCUUCCCGGGCCUCAUCUCCUUCCAUGUCACACUGCUGGAUGACUCCAAUGAGGACUUCUCUGAGACCCCAAUCUUCACCGACACAGUGGUGUUCCGGGUUGCGCCCUGGAUCAUGACACCCAGUACCCAGCCACCCCUGGAGGUGUAUGUGUGUCGGGUGAGGAACAAUACAUACUUUGUGGAAGCUGUGGAAGAGCUAGCCAGGAAGGCAGGCUGCAAACUGACCAUCUGCCCACAGGCGGAGAACCGUAAUGACCGUUGGAUCCAGGAUGAGAUGGAGCUGGGCUACUCACAGGCACCACACAAGACCUUACCCGUGGUCUUCGACUCCCCAAGGAAUGGGGAACUGCAGAACUUCCCUUACAAAAGGAUCCUGGGUCUGGAUUUUGGCUAUGUGACUCGGGAGCCACAAGACAGUUCUGUGAGUGGCCUGGACUCAUUUGGGAACCUGGAGGUCAGCCCGCCAGUGGUGGCUAAUGGGAAGGAGUAUCCACUGGGAAGGAUCCUCAUUGGGGGCAACCUGCCCGGGUCGAGGGGCCGCAGAGUCACCAGGGUGGUGCGGGAAUUCCUCCAUGCACAGAAGGUGCAACCACUGGUAGAGCUGUUUGUGGACUGGCUGGCAGUAGGCCACGUGGAUGAGUUUCUGAGCUUCGUCCCUGCUCCGGAUGGGAAGGGCUUCCGGCUCCUCCUGGCCAGCCCCAGCGCCUGCUUCCGGCUCUUCCAGGAAAAGCAGAAGUGGGGGCAUGGCAGGGCCCUCCUGUUCCAGGGGGUCAUCGGUGACAGGCGAGUCAAGACUGUCUCCAUCAACCAGGUCCUUUCUGACAGGAACCUUAUCAACUUUAAUAAGUUUGCACAGAGCUGCAUCGACUGGAACAGAGAGGUGCUGAAGCGGGAACUGGGCCUGGCCGACCAUGACAUCAUCGACAUCCCACAGCUCUUCAAGUCGGAGAGGAGGAAGGCGGUGGCUUUCUUCCCUGACUUGGUGAACAUGCUGGUGCUGGGGAAACACCUGGGGAUCCCCAAGCCUUUUGGACCCAUCAUCAACGGCCGCUGCUGCUUAGAGGAGAAGGUGCGCUCCCUGCUGGAGCCCCUGGGCCUGCACUGCAGCUUCAUUGAUGACUUCACACCAUACCACAUGCUGCACGGGGAAGUACACUGCGGAACCAACGUGCGCCGGGAGCCCUUCACCUUCAAGUGGUGGAACAUGGUGCCCUGA